AAAUUUUCUUGUUCCGAAUUGUCUUUUUUUUGGUUUUCUUUUUUAUCGUAUAAAACAACCAUGAAAUUAGUGAGGUAAAAGAUCAAAGCACGCAAAGGAAAUAUAAUAAUCCUUGAUUAGGUUCUUGAUGAAGUUGAAUAAUGAGACUGUGUCAGUAGAGAUGAAGAACGGCACAGUGGUUCAUGGUACAAUCACAGGUGUUGACAUGAGCAUGAAUACCCAUUUGAAGACUGUAAAAAUGACAAUCAAGAAUAGAGAUCCUAUCAGUUUAGACUCAUUAAGCAUUCGUGGCAACACUAUUCGUUGCGUUAUCUUACCAGACAGUUUACCGCUAGACACACUCUUGAUUGAUGACGCACCUAAAUCUAAAAAGAAGAAAGAAGCAGGCGAAGCUGGACGUGGACGCGGACGCGGUACAACACGUGGACGUGGUGGUGUUCGUGGUCGUGGAAGACGUUGAUUACUUGUUUCUUAAAUUAUAAAAUAAAUCACACACAGAUCAUUCGUUUUUAUUUAUAC